GCGGCAAUGCGAUUGAGGAACAGAACGAAACAUGAGUUCGCUCCAUUUUCGCCCCGCCCUGGUUUCGCCAUGGAAGAAGAAGAAGAAGAACAACCAGUUCCUCUCUGCCGUCCUCAAUCGAACCUCUCCUCCUUCCAUGGCGGCUCUUCCAAAUCCAAACCACAAACCAAUUUUCAUCUCUCAUCUCCUUUCUUUCGCCCUCUCCAUAACCCUUACUUCGCCAUUUCCUUCUCUCGCAAUCCCUUCCUUCAACUCCCUCUCCUCUCCCCUUUCUCCCACCACUCCUUUCUCUCAAUCCAAGGACUUACCAAUCGGACUUGAAAACGGUAAGAUUAGGCCCUGUCCUUCAACCAAUCCGUCGUGUGUUUCUACAAAUCCCAAAUCGUCAUCGUUUGCUUUCUCUUUAAGCAUUCCUGAGAGUUUUACUGGGAAUCCGAUUCAGAAGCUGCAGGAAGUGAUCCUUGAAACGCAGAGGAAUGCAAAGAUUCAGAUGGUGGAAGAUACCCCAUAUGGUCAGUACAUGGAAGCUGAGGUUGAUGGGAACUUUGGGCGGGACGUGAUUGAGUUUUUGGUGAGAGGAGAUGUGGCUGCUUACAGGAUAAUGGCAGCAAAAGUGACUUAUGUGUAUCCUUUCACAACUGCUUUAGGGGACUCCAAAGGACAGGAAGAACGCAUGAAGAAGAUCAUAGAGGAGUUGGAUUGGUAUUCUCCAACCUUUGAAUCUAUGGUUGACUAAUCCAAAUCCUGUUUGUUUCUUCUAUAUUCUUUGUUUUCUUCCCAUUCCUUUGUAGUCACUACACUUGAGGAGCUCAUAUGUAUGAUGAGCUCGAGUUUAGCUCGGUUCAAUUGGUUAAGACAUCUUCCAAAAGUUGUAUUACUAUUUUUGACAUUUGAUUCAUGUUUCAAAACUACCCUUGAAGUGAAAAUACACGUCGGAAUGUCAGGUUUUU